CGCGGACAUUCAGCAGGAAAGAGGGGGACGGAUGACGAUGAGUGACAAGGGCUGUGACAGCGGCACGCAGCACGCAGCAGACGUGCAUCGCACGUCGUUGACCAAUGAUGAAAUUGGGCGAUACAGCCGUCAGAUGAUCUUGCCCUGUAUGGGCUUGGCAGGACAACUGGCGCUUGUGAACGCCAAGGUGCUUGUGGUUGGUGCUGGUGGACUGGGCUGCCCUGUUGGCAUGUAUCUCGCCGCCGCCGGCAUCGGCACGCUAGGGUUUGUGGACGACGACACGGUUGACGUGUCCAACCUUCACCGUCAAGUGCUGCACACAGAGGAUCGGGUGGGUGUGCACAAAGUGGACUCCAUCAUAGCCAGCUUAAAGAGCCUCAACUCCAAUGUGCAUUUUGUUGCCCACAAGUGUCGGCUGACCCCAAGCAACGCCCUGGCCGUCAUGAGGGGAUACGACGUUGUUGUGGACGCCACAGACAAUGCGCCAACACGGUACCUUGUCAACGACGCGUGUGUCCUGCUCGACCUCCCCCUCGUGUCUGGCAGUGCGCUGCGCACAGACGGACAGCUCACCGUGUACAACUACAAAGGCUCGCCGUGCUAUCGGUGCCUGUUUCCCGACCCCCCACCCGCUUCCACAGUCACCAACUGCUCAGAUGGAGGCGUCAUCGGCGUACGUGCGCAUGUGUGUGCAUCGGUGAUGGCGCGGCGCAUGCUGGUUGCUGAUGCUGCCGGCGGGCUGUUCCGCACAAUCAAGCUGCGGCCACGCAGGCCUGACUGCGUUGCCUGUGGUGAGGGCCCAAACAGAAUGCAGGCCCUGCUGGAGGAUUACGUGUCGUUCUGUCACAUGGACGCGUGUGAUGUCACCAGCGGCGUGUCCCUUCGUGACCCAUCACAACGGCUGACUGCACCCCGACUUCGCGAUCUUCUCCACCGCCACCGUGCGCCCGCGACGCGCACCAAUAUCAUCGACGUGCGACCAGCGGUUGAGUUUGGCAUCUGCUCGCUCCCAAACACACUCAACGUGCCCCUCGCCACCAUCAAGCGGGUGGCUCGGCGCGGGUUUUCGCCGGGGGCAGAAGGAGCCGAGGCCAUAUUGCAACGCGUCAUUGACAUGUGUUUGGCGGGCACAGGUGAUCGCACGUCCACGUCUGCACAUGACAGCAGUUGUGGCAGAAGUCACCGUCGUGGUACCGCUGUUGCUGAUAGUGAUGACGAUGAUGGUGCUGAUGAUGAUGGUGCUGAUGAUGAUGGUGCUGAUGAUGAUGGUGCUGAUGGUGGUGGUGAUGGACGGGCCACGGUUGCCGUGGAGACGACGUCGCGUGUGAUUGCGGUGUGCCGGCGCGGGAAUGAUUCGCAGCACGCUGCCGUGUUGCUCGAGCAGAUCAUACGCACACACGCGGCCAGCAGCAGCAACAGCAGUGGAGAUGGUGGUGAUGGCGGUGAUGGCAACAGCGCAGCCGAGGUGCAGGUGCUGGAUGUCGUUGGAGGCCUGCACGCUUGGUCAAAGGCUGUGGACCCUUCGUUCCCAACGUACUGACGCGAUGCGCAGGUGGUGGCGGUGAUGGCGGGCGGUGGUGAGUGAUGUUGUAGUGGGGUGAGUAAGGCAUUCGGCAAUAAAAGGAACAACAGUUUGGCAG